UUGCUAUACUCUGUGAUCCCACAUCCACUGACAGAAGUCUUCAUUCAACAAUGUAAACACUGCCCUGUUAUCACACCUGUGUCAAGGUAAGGCUGCAAUAUAAAGAGACUGAUGAAGACCACAAAGACACAUUUUUCAUACCCUGCUGAAGGAAUGAAAUUCAUCCUGCUCAUUCUGCUGUUUUCAGUGGGUGCGGCAAAUGCCGCUACCACCUCCCGGGCUCUGUGGCAGUUCCGUGCGAUGAUCAAAUGCACUAUCCCAAGCAGCAACCCAUUACAGGAUUACAAUAACUACGGCUGCUACUGUGGCCUCGGAGGCAGUGGAACACCAGUGGAUACCCUUGACAGGUGCUGUCAGGUGCAUGAUAACUGCUAUUCUGAGGCCAAGGAGCUUUCAGCAUGUAAAGGACUUCUGGACAACCCUUACACAGAGCUGUAUACCUACAGCUGCUCAGGCACCACCAUUACCUGUAGCACAGCCAAGAACGACCCGUGCGAGAUGUUCAUCUGCGAGUGCGACCGCAAGGCGGCCAUCUGCUUCGCGGGGGCGCCCUACAACCCGGAGUACAAGAACCUGGACUCCGCCCUGUGCAGCUGACCGGCUCCGGCCCCGCGCAAUAAACCCUGACACCAGC